UCAGAAUUUUCAAAAUAUAACGAGUUCGAAUUGAAUUGUCUAAAUAGAAACAUUCAGUAUUCUCAUAACAAAAUAAAAAUGGCAAAAUAUUUAUUUACACUUACUAUCCUGUGCAUUUUCGGAGCUGUUAUAGUACGUGGUGCAAUCGAUAAGAGUGCAGUGAUAGCCGAUUUUAUGUCGAAAGGAGAGGCAUGCAAGGCCGAAGUUGGUGCAAAUGAUGCUGAUCUUGGUGAAAUAAUUGGGAAAAAGCCAGCCUCAACACCCGAGGGAAAAUGUUUGCGUGCAUGUAUUAUGAAGAAAUAUGAAGUGAUCGAUGCAAAUGGUAAAUUCGCACCGGCUGUUGCUCUCAAGCAUGCUCAGAUGUAUACCGAAGGAGCUGAAGAUAAAAUGAAAAUUGCUCAAGAAAUUAUUGAUUCAUGCGCCAAGCUAAGUGUAUCCGACGACCACUGUGAGGCUGCUGAGGAGUAUUGUAAAUGUCUACACGAACAAGCAAUGGCACAUGGUGUUGAGGAUAUGGACAUAUAGAUUUAUAUUUGGAAUUGUUUUUAAAUCGGCUGGCCAGGGACAUUACCGAACGAUCGUUUUACUUAACACCUUUACUUAUGUUUUUAAUAAAUUGUAAUUUUUCGUUUUUUAUUGCAAACUA